AAAUUAGUUGAUCCAUAUUCUGGAGACAAUGGAACGAAGACAUUGCAACAGCUACAUGCUGAAGAGGAUGAUGAGGAAAGGUUCCAAGCUGAUCUUAAGAAAGCCGUACGGCAGAGCCUUGAUACAUUUCAAGGACAUCAAAAUUUGCCCUUGGUUGUACAGCCAGACCCAAAAUUGUCUGUCAAGUUAUCUCCAGAAGCGGUUGGUUGUGGGGCUUUGUCCAGUGAAGUCAUCAUCAGCGGUGUUGAUAAAGCAGAUGUCUUUGGGACGGGGCUGAAAAAUGAAGUUGGUGAAUACAAUUGCUUUUUGAAUGUAAUCAUACAGUCUUUGUGGCAUUUGAAACGAUUCCGGUAUGAAUUCUUGAGGAUAUCAACAUCAGUUCAUGUUCAUGUUGGAGAUCCUUGUGUUGUCUGUGCAUUGCAUGAUAUUUUUACUGCCUUGAGCAAGGCAUCUAUAGAUGUGCGAAGAGAAGCUGUUUCUCCUACUUGUUUAAGGAUUGCUUUGAGCAACUUGUAUCCCGAUAGUAACUUCUUCCAAGAGGCACAAAUGAAUGAUGCUUCUGAGGUAUUGGCAGUAAUCUUUGACUGCCUUCAUCGGUCAUUUACUUCUAGUUUGAGUGUUUCUGAUACUGAUUCAGAAGAAAGCAAUUGCAUGGGCUCUUGGGAUUGUACUAGCAGUGCUUGUAUAGCACAUAAUCUCUUUGGAAUGGAUAUAUUUGAGCGAAUGAAUUGUUACAGAUGUGGUGUGGAAUCCAGACAUCUAAAGUAUACCUCAUUUUUUCAUAAUAUCAAUGCGAGCGCUCUCCGAACAAUGAAGAUUAUGUGUUCAGAUAGUUCAUUUGAUGAGAUUUUGAAGCUUGUGGAGAUGAAUCACCAGCUAGUUUGUGACCCAGAGGUAGGAGGCUGUGGAGAGCUCAACUAUAUCCAUCACAUUCUUUCAAGCCCCCCUCAUGUGUUCACAACAGUUCUCGGUUGGCAGAAUACGUGCGAGAGUGCAGAUGACAUAUCUGCCACAUUAGCAGCCCUUACCACUGAAUUAGAUAUUGGCGUCUUAUAUCGGGGUUUGGAUCCAGGGAACAGACAUUGCCUGGUUUCAGUGGUUUGCUAUUAUGGGCAACAUUACCAUUGCUUUGCCUACAGUCAUGAGCAUGAAAGCUGGAUUAUGUAUGAUGACAAAACUGUAAAGGUUAUUGGUGGCUGGGAUGAAGUUCUUACAAUGUGCAAAAGAGGGCACUUACAACCCCAGGUUCUUUUCUUUGAAGCUGUCAAUUAGAUUUUUAUUUGGUGAUUCUCUUGAUGGCUACUCAAAGGAGGAAUUUUUUUUUUUU